GAACAAUGGCCGUUUUGACCAAUAUGCUAUGCCUUGACAAGAAGGUCAGUAGUGGCUUGUGAGCGGGGUGUUCGCCAGCACUGCACAGAUGGUCUGCGGAACAAAACAUUCUUAAGGCCCCAAAAGCUGCAGACGAAUGAAAUAGCAAUGAAAUUCCUGCAUUACACGUAUUUUCUCACCUGCUUUUGUGCCGUGUUCUGGUUUGGCGAACCAAUUCAUGGUUUUGGAUUUAAAUCAAAACAAGGUAGAAUUUGGGAGACUGUAGAGAAACUUCUGCAGGGCAGAGGUGAACUCAUGAUAAGCCGCGGCACAUAUGGAAGAUCUGAUUAUCCUAUGUGUGUACGAUCACGCCCACUCGGAUAUUCAGCUGGUAAAAUUCAUCACAAUUUAAGCUACUACGAAAGAGAUAUAAAGGUCUCGCAGACACAUGGACAUAGACUAUAUCGAGGUGCUUUCUUUGAAUUACCGAAGACUACAAAGAGGAUAAUUAACAUAUAUGCAUACCUGGGUACUGGACAGGUAGAAAAUAAGAUAUCUGGAUGGUACAAGGUGUUGUACGCUAACAAAGUUUGUUUUAUUUUGGCAACAGAAGAACAAGCAAUGCCAGCGUGUUUGCUUUGGCGAAAAGUACGAGCUACACCACUUGAACGUUAUCCGUGCAGGAAAGCAUACAAAGAGAGGUGUAGACACUAUAAAGGACAUAGUCAUGUGUACAGCAAAGCAGAAUGUAUCACUAAAAACAAUUUGUAGGCCUG